AUGUACUGCGGUGACGAUGUAGAGGCCGUUGUGGGCGACGUAGGCACGUCCCUGAGCAAGUUUGGACUGGCCGGAGAGGAUACACCGAAGCUAGUAUUACCCAGUAUUGUAGGCCUACGACCGCCGUCUACUAAGAACUCGAAAGACGACGUGUCUGCAGCCUCUGCUGUGCUUGGGGAUCUAUGGCAUCGAAAGGAUCUGGAGGUUGCGCGACCUAUUGAGGCCUGUGCUGUGUCCAAUUGGGACGCGCUGGAGAAUAUCUGGAGCUAUGCUUUUGAGCGGCUACAUGUGGAUGCCAAGAGCCAUCCAGUUAUCACUUCAGCGGCCUCGUGCUUUGCUAAUGACGCGCUCCAUAAUGCGGCGUCCCGGGACGGUGAAAAGUACUUGGAGAUGAUGUUUGAGUGUUUCCAAGUGCCGGCAUUUUACAUGGCAAAGGACGCAGUGCUGGAUUCUUUUGCUUUUGGACGGUCGGUGGCAUUAAUAGCAGAGAUUGGGGCAGGAGCUUCUCGUGUUGUACCAGUGUACGAUGGAUACGCGUUGGAACGACCAGCGCAGUACUCGUCCGUGGGAUGCAAUCAAUUGUCCGAGUACUUAGAGCACUUGGUAGUCACAUCGAAGCCCGAGACAAUGACGGUGAGACCAAGAGGAACUUUUUCAAGAAAACUAAAUCAGCAGACGGGAAUGUUAGAGACGAUCCCAUUGUCGGAGGAAUUCACGACGCCACCAGCGAUGCCAGCGAGCUACCUCAAGUUUCUGAAAGCAGAUCUGUUUCGAGAUAUGCGAGAGGCGACAUGCAUCAUGUCAGAGAUACCGCUCGAAGAACAUCAAGAUUCUCCUAUGCAUGGACAAAAAGCUUUGUCACCGGAACCACUGCCGUUGGAGAUUACAGAGCAGCAGUACGAGCUGCCCGAUGGACAGACCGUUGUGCUAGGGAAAGAGCGGUAUGCCGUGCCAGAGUUUUUGCUGCAUCCAAAAAACUUUGGAGGCGCUGUGGUCAAGAAUGAGCAGCAUGCUGCGGCAGCGGCGAAGGUGAUGGCAAAGGGUCUGCACCGCAUGCUCUAUGAUGCAGUGCACCUCUGCGACGCCGACUUGCGGAGGGAUAUGCUGACUAACAUUAUCUUAUGCGGUGGAGGAAGUCUCACGCCUGGGAUCACAGAGCGACUGCACGCAGAGCUCACGCGAAUGAUGCCUAGUACAUUCAAGGUGCGCUUCACGACUAUUUCAAAAAUCGAGCGACAAUUUAGCGUUUUCAUCGGCGGGUCCAUAUUAGCAUCAUUGGGCUCCUUUCAGCAGCUGUGGGUAUCGAAGCGCGAGUUUGACGAAGUUGGGGCCCACGCGCUGUGUGCGGACCGCUUCAACUAG